UCUUCUAGCUUUUCCAGUUGACUACAAUAGUUAGCGGUGGUGACACCUAGCCACCCAGCUAACUUAGCUUAGCAUUCCUGCCGCUGCUAGCUGACGUUGUUGGUGCAAUAGCGAAACUAUUGUCUUCAGUUUUAACAUAAUGAUUAUGAUAUUGCCUCCCGGAGAGCUUUUCUGAAUAGUUAUUUUACACUUAAUUUUGAGUUCUUUCACAUGUCGUUCGUGUUUGUGUCGAAUAUGUUAUUAAUACUACGAUAUAAACUAUUUCACAUAAGCUGUAAAAUAUGUUGCUUUAAAACGUUGUGAAUUCAUAUUAGGUUUAUUUUAGGUUCAUAUCUUAAAUUUACAGUUCAUAUUUUAAUUUAUUUCGUUCUUCGUGGUCAUACAUGUUGUGUGCAGUGAACGUUACAUCAAAUCUCCAACUGCAGACAUGUCGCAAGCUAACGACUGUUGUUCUAGAAGCUCGCUAACUGCUGACAAAUAGCCGCUCGACCGAGAAGCUGUUGCGCUAUUAAAUAAAAGACACACGGACGUUGUGCAUCUGAAUUUCAUCUCGACGACAUUUAGCCCGUCUUCGCAGCGUGUCUUGGCUAAAUUGAUUUGCAUUCAGCCCGGGCUUAGCUGCCAGCUAGCCAGCGACUUCCCAACUGUCUCCUGUCAGAGUACCAGUGAACAACAAGGGGCAUUUCAAUGAUCUGACCAUGAGACGGAGCCCAAGGAGACCCCUUAUCCUCAAGAGAAGAAAACUGCCUUUUCAGCAAAAUGACCCCCCAGCAGCUGAACCGCAAAGCCAGCGUGGACUGCCGGGCUCUAAAGAAGCACCAGAGCCGCCAGCGGCCGGCCAGUGCUUCCCAGACGGCAUCCGCAUCAUGGAUCACCCUUCCAUGUCCGACACCCAGGUGGUUGUCAUUCCCAAGACGGCCGACCUUCAGAGCGUGAUCGGGGCGCUCACCGCCAAAGGCAAAGAGUGUGGCGUCCAGGGCCCGAACAAGUUCAUCCUCCUGAGUGGGAGUGAGGGUCAAGACGGUGAAUCGUUUUGCCCGCGAGCUUCUGAAGCGGAAAAUGUUUCCACUAGGAGUACAGCUGGACAGCUGGGGCAAACAGAGGCUGAGCUCAGCUCUUCGGAGGCUAAACCUCUCACAGGGAUUAAACCAUUGAAUAGGGAUGUGAGCUGCGGGCCUUUAGAUGACAGCCUCACCAAUAUCCAGUGGCUGGGGAGGAUGAGCACAUUCGAACCGAAUCCUGCCAAGCUAGUGGCCAACAAGGAGAACCAAAACACGACUACACAGACUUUUCAGGCUCAAAAUCCACACGUUGAAGCCGAAUCUGUUAAGCAACCCCUGUCAGAGAGGCCACCUUACUCCUACAUGGCCAUGAUCCAGUUUGCUAUCAACAGCCGCAAAAACAGGAGGAUGACACUGAAAGAGAUUUACACGUGGAUUGAGGACCAUUUCCCUUACUAUAGAGACGUGGCCAAACCGGGAUGGAAGAAUUCCAUCCGCCAUAACCUCUCUCUGCACGACAUGUUCAUCCGCGAGACGUCUCCGGAUGGUAAAGUGUCUUUCUGGACUAUCCGACCCGAGGCCAAUCGAUGCCUCACUCUAGAUCAGGUGUACAAGCCUGGUUGCGACCCAAUGACUGCUCCCGCACCAAUGGUUUUGUUUCCCCACCAACACCAGAAGAGGAUGUUUCCUGAUGUGAGAAGAACGCCAAAUGGCUCUGAGAGAAGGAUGAAACCUCUUCUCCCUCGAACCGAGUCCUACUUGGUUCCCAUCCAGCUGCCCGUGGCCUCUUCCGUCUAUCUGCCGUCCUCGUCUUCCCCCUUUGUCCCCACUUGCUCCCAGAUGAAAAAGAACAUUUCACGGGGAACUAAGAGAGUUCGCAUAGCUCCCAAGGUGACACAAAGCGACGCUCCAGCUGUGGCCAUGUCCCCCGUGAAGAGCAAAGACCCGAAGGUGGAGGUGAAGGAGGAGCUGGUGUGUGUUCCGAUAAAGUGCGAGACUCCCAAAGCCGCUCCAAAGAGACAAGCCAGCAGCUCCCGCCGCAAACAGCGCUUGGUUCACUCCGCGCACGAGGAGCCCGUCCUCCUCUGCCCCGAUAACACUUUCUUGGACUCGGGCGUAGUCUCUGACGCGUCGACGUUCCAGGACAUCCGAGAGCUGGACGCGCAGGACAGCCCCGAGCGGGAGUUCUCCUUCAAGACGCCCAUAAAAAGCAGCAGCCACUUGACCUCCUCCACCCCCAGCAAGCCCCCUUGCAGCGUCAUCCUGGAGCCGUGGAAAGUGACCCCCGUCGGCAAAGGCAGCCAAAGCGUCCUGGACUUCAGCCCCAUCCGCACGCCGGGCGGCCCCGCGGUCACCCCGCGGCACGAUUACACCACCUUCAGCUUCAACGGGACCCCCUUCAAAGACUUGCCUCUGUUCAACUCCCCCAGAGAGCUGCUCACAUCCGCCCCCUCCAGAGCGACCGGGCCAACGGAGUCGCCCACGAACGGAUGCCUCCAGAGCAGCUGCUCCAGGGAGCUGCUGCAGGCCGGGGGCGCCACGCCUUCCAACCGCUCCAUCACAGAGGGCCUCGUCCUGGACACCAUGAACGAUAGCCUCAGCAAGAUACUGGUGGACAUUAGCUUCUCGGGCCUGGAUGAUGAGGACCUGGGCAUGGCCAACAUCAGCUGGUCUGAAUUCAUCCCUCAGCUGAAGUAGCGUUGAGGGAGGACCGAAAACAUAUUGUGACAUGGCAGUGUCAUCUGUUUGUUUUGUUUUGUUUUUUUGAAGCACUACAGGUGAGAAAUCUUACACUUAAGCAGAGGAGCGGAUCCAAAUGUGGAUCCGAUACUUACCAGCCGCCCCAGCCUGGACGUAGCUGCAUGUUUAGCAUCGGAGACGGAGAAAAUUAAAUAAGUGUAAUAUUUUAGAGCCAAUAUAUUAUUAUCCUGUCCAGCAGGAGAUCCAGAAAGAGUCGCCUCAGCUUUGCUAAAUUUGCUUAAAUUUACAAAAUGUAGCUGGAACAUAUCUGUUCAACAGCUGGGACCUUUAUCUUUUUCAUAGCUGUAAACAAAUUUUUUAAAUUUCCCGUAAGGACGCUCAGUUAAGCAUCGAAAUGUUUUAACCUCUUUUGGAUUUGCCUUCUUCUCGGCCUGUUUUUCCGCUGUCCAUGAGAACUAAAGUUUAAAUGAUGACUGGGACACUUUAAUUUCAACAAACCAGCUCAAAUUAAGGAGAAGCUCACUGCCCUCUCUCCAUCUCCUGCUUUCUUUUUCUUUUCCUUCUCCUUCAACGAGCUGAAUUCCUCAUUCACUGCCUCAAAGGUCCCUCCUGUUCCCACCUGUAAAAGUCUUAACGUGGGAAUCACUGCCUGUCAUUGAUCUUUCUUAGCCAGUCACAUCUUCCCGUCUUCUCAGAGAGCCCAAGACAAAUAUGUGUAUAUGUAUGUUGAUUUGCACAUUUUAAUAUAUAAUUUAGCUUUUAAAUUUCUAUGUCUGAUCCGCCAGCUUCUGCGACAGCGGUUCUUAGACCCGUAGAAUUGAAUCCAUAGUAAUGGAUCGCUAGUAAUGUACAAAAAAUGACAAAGAAUUACAAAAAUAGCACUAACCGCAGUAGGAAUGUCUGUCAGGUAAUUGUAGAAGUGUCUUGUCUCUUGUUUCUGUGCGAGUAUAUAUACAUAUAUGUAUAUAAACAUUCACCAGAGGGAUAUUUUGCAUGCAGUGUCUUCAUCUUCAGAAAUGCAACACUAAACAUGUUGCAUCUAUAUAGCACAGAUUGUUGUCAGUAAACAUGCUUGUUUUUCUUUUUGUCACGAAGCAAAACAGGGAAACCGAAGGGAAAACGUUUCCAGCGUUCUUUUUUUUUGUUUUUUUUUUUUGUUGGAAGAAUCGAAUGCCACAGAAUAAUGUAUGGCUUUAAUAAAUCCUCGAGUUUUGUUCCCAUUGCAGUAAGUUCACCCGUUUCCACAAGCAUGUGCUGUGUUCCGCAUUCUGAAGUUGGUGUUUCCAAGACUGUACAUUAAAUCUGUUAGUGCCUCAAAGAACAUCAGGGCUUUGGUUUAGUCAUGUUUUUCACCAAAGAAACACUUUGAUACCUGUCUUAAUCUGAUACGUGCCACAGUACAGAAAUGUUAGCCCUGUGUCUGGUAAAAAAAACUACAUAGCAACUGCUCAUUUUCUAUUUAUAUUUCAAUAAAAGUUGAAACGACUUGUG